UUAAAAGGUGCGUUGCAUUGUAGUUAUGAUCACAUGGGUCCUUGUGCGUGUGUGUGUUUUCUUAGGUAGCCUGUUAAAAUGCCCGAUCUCACUAUUCGUCUUUUUUCAAGAUGGCGUCGAUGAGGGAGAGCGACACCGGCCUGUGGCUUCACAACAAACUGGGAUCGACAGACGAGUUGUGGACACCUUCUAGCAUCGCCUCCCUACUCACCGUGUCAGUCAUCGACAACAUUCGGCUGUGUUUUUCUUCUUUGUCGCCUCCGGUGAAGCUGAAACUUUUGCUGGGGAUGCUGCAUCUCCCGCGCAGGACCGUGGAUGAGAUGAAGGAGGCUUUAUCAGAAAUCAUUCAGUUGGCCACAGUGGACACUGAGCCAUGGGUGUUAAUGGUGGCUGACAUCCUGAAAUCCUUUCCAGAGACGGGCUCACUAAACCUGGACCUGGAAGAGCAGAACCCUAAUGUACAGGACAUACUUGGAGAGCUACGUGAGAAAGUAAAUGAAUGUGAAGCAUCCGCUAUGUUGCCUCUGGAGUGUCAGUAUCUGAAUAAAAGUGCUUUGACUACGCUGGUGGGGCCGCUUACUCCACCCAUUAAGCACUUUCAGCUGAAGAGAAAACCCAAGAGUGCUACGCUUAGAGCUGAACUGCUACAGAAAUCCACAGAAACGGCUCAGCAGUUAAAGAAGACCGCAGGUGUGCCAUUCCACUCCAAAGGAAGAGGCCUGGUGAAGAAGAUUGACACCACAACACCACUAAAGGGUAUUCCCAAAGCACCAUUUCGCAGCCCUACCACCCCAAGUAUGUUCAGCCCACCCAGCAACAGAACUCCUAUUGCCCCUGUUCGCACACCCCUGCGCAAGGAGAGGGGAGUCAAGCUGUUGGAUAUAUCAGAGUUGGAUAUGGUAGGAGCUGGCAGAGAAGCAAAGAGAAGGAGGAAGACUGUGGAAACCGAAGCUGGAGAGAAAGCUGCCAAAGAAGAGGCAGUGGUGGAGAACGCAACACCAGACUAUGCUGCUGGCUUGGUGUCCACACAGAAACUGGGGGCACUAAACAACGAAAGCGCCCUUCCGUCAACCAGUUAUCUUCCCGCCACACCCAGCAUGGUUCCCUCCUCGUCCUAUAUUCCCAGCUCGGAGACACAGCCAGCAAAUGCAGGAGGUUCGGGCCGUGAAACCACAAACCGGCAGUCCGAAGAGUCGUCUGCUCCCAAUGCCGCUUCUGCUUCGCUAACAGGCCAGUUUAAACAGCGGCCGCCCAUGUAUAACGCCAGCACUGCCAGUCCCACUGCCCCUACUUCACCCACCACGCCAACCAGCACACCCACCAAUAAUGGCCCGCCCCCUGCCGCCACAGCCGCACAGACAGACAUGCCCACGCAGCCGCCCACCACUGCAGCCCAACCCGCACCCACGCCAGCGCCUCCACAGACCCAACCCAAAAAAAACCUAUCGCUCACGAGAGAACAAAUGUACGCCGCACAGGAAAUGUUCAAGACUGCAAACAAAGUUACACGGCCAGAAAAAGCCCUUAUCCUGGGCUUCAUGGCUGGAUCACGAGAGAACCCCUGUCCAGAGCAGGGUGACAUCAUUCAAAUCAAACUGAGCGAACACACAGAGAUGCUGCCAAAAGCGGAUGGAACCGGCAGCACCACCAUGCUGGUGGACACCGUUUUUGAGAUGAACUACUCGACUGGGCAAUGGACGCGCCUCAAGAAAUACAAACCCAUAACCAACGUCUCCUGAGGAGGGUUUAGUUAACAAACCCAACCACUCGGCGUGUUUACAUAGACACAUAUGUAUACAUUCACACACUCCUCUUCAGUGUGGUCUGAGGAGGGCUGCUUUAACUAUCAUGUACAUGUGCUGAAAUGUACAUACAUCUACGGGCCAAAUUCUGAGGUAUUGGGAAUUGUAGUGGGAGAAUGUUUGGAUAGUGGUUUCAAGCAGGUGCGAAGGACUUCCCGUUUUGAUGACCUCACCUUCUGUUUCUGUUCCUGUAUUGCCAAAGACAGGGACCCUCUUAUAAGACAAUUGUUUUCUUGAUCUUUUGUUAACGUUUGUAUCGUCUCUCAUUUUAAGGCCCGUUUCAGAUUUCCUACUGUUGGGGAAAUGUUGCAAAAUUGAGGCAGGGCUCGUUCGGUUGUCUCUUAAUCUACGUUGACACGUUAUUACAAGACCGUAAAAGGGUAAAAACAUGAUAUUAUAGUGUCCCACAAAUAAAAACGCAUCUGUCCAUGUGUUUUCACAGUGAGAAGAAAAUGUGUUCCUUGUUGACCAAUGGACAGAAAAAGAAGAGAAAACAAUAAACAAACAAAAAGUGAA